AUGGCAUCCAUGCGAGGAUUAGUCCAGUUCAUUGCGGACCUGCGCAAUGCACGCGCGCGAGAACUUGAGGAAAAACGGGUGAACAAGGAAUUGGCCAACAUUCGACAGAAGUUCAAGGGUGGCAGUUUGAACGGGUACCAGAAGAAGAAAUACGUUUGCAAGCUGCUCUAUGUCUAUAUCCAGGGAUAUGAUGUGGAUUUCGGACAUCUUGAGGCUGUGAAUCUGAUUUCGAGUACCAAGUAUUCGGAAAAGCAGAUUGGGUAUCUGGCCGUUACGCUGUUUUUGCAUGAGCAGCAUGAGUUGCUGCAUUUGGUUGUUAAUAGUAUUCGGAAGGACUUGUUGGAUUAUAAUGAGUUGAAUAAUUGCUUGGCGCUGCAUGCUGUUGCUAAUGUUGGUGGGAGGGAGAUGGGUGAGGCUUUGGCUACGGAUGUUCAUCGACUAUUGAUUUCUCCAACCUCGAAAGCAUUCGUCAAAAAGAAGGCCGCCCUGACGCUUUUACGACUUUACCGCAAAUAUCCCGGCAUUGUGCAGAACGAAUGGGCCGAACGUAUCAUCUCCAUCAUGGAUGACCCCGAUAUGGGUGUUACUCUGUCGAUUACCUCGCUGGUCAUGGCAUUGGCCCAGGAUAAGCCAGAAGAAUAUAGGGGAUGCUACGUCAAGGCCGCACAGCGGCUGAAGAAGGUUGUCGUGGACAACGAUGUUGCUCCAGAUUACCUUUACUACCGCGUUCCAUGCCCAUGGAUUCAGGUCAAGUUCCUCCGGCUGCUACAGUACUAUCCUCCUUCCGAGGACAGCCAUGUGCGGGAAAUUAUCCGCGAGUCCUUGCAACAAAUCAUGCAUGUCGCCAUGGAUACGCCGAAGAACGUCCAGCAGAACAAUGCUCAGAACGCAAUUCUGUUCGAGGCAAUUAACCUGCUCAUUCACAUGGACACUGAACACAACCUCAUGAUGCAAAUCUCGUCGCGCUUGGGCAAAUACAUCCAGUCGCGGGAGACCAACGUCCGGUAUCUGGGGUUGGAAGCCAUGGUACACUUUGCAGCCCGGGCAGAGACACUCGACCCCAUCAAAAAGCAUCAGAAUAUCAUCUUGGGUUCGCUUCGUGACCGAGAUAUCAGUGUCCGGCGUAAGGGUUUGGACCUGCUAUACAGUAUGUGUGAUACGUCUAAUGCCGGCCCCAUCGUCAACGAACUCUUGCGUUAUCUGCAGACAGCCGACUACGCAAUUCGGGAGGAGAUGGUGCUGAAGGUAGCCAUUCUCACGGAAAAAUACGCCACCGACGCCCAGUGGUACAUCGACAUGACUUUCAAGCUCCUCUCCCUGGCAGGUGACCACGUCAAUGACGAAGUUUGGCAGCGUGUGAUUCAGAUCGUGACGAACAAUGAGGAAAUUCAGGCUUAUGCUGCGCAUACAUUGCUUGGCUACCUGAAGACUGACUGCCACGAGAGCUUGGUCAAGAUUGGUUGCUAUGUUCUAGGAGAGUUUGGACAUCUGAUUGCCGACAACCAGGGUUCCAGCCCGAUUGAGCAAUUCAUCGCCUUGCAGGCCAAGAUGAUCACCAGCACUGACAACACACGGGCAAUGAUUCUUUCGUCGUUUGUCAAAUUUGUCAAUCUCUUCCCUGAAAUUAAGCCCCAACUUCUCCACAUUUUCCGGUUAUACUGUCACUCCCCUGACUCGGAACUGCAGCAGCGAGCGUUCGAAUACCUGUCGCUGGCGACGCUUCCCACGGACGACCUCCUUCGGACGGUGUGCGACGAAAUGCCACCCUUCUCCGAGCGGGCAUCUAUCCUUCUGUCGCGGUUACACCAGAGAACCGCCGGAACGACCGAAAGGAAGACCUGGGUCGUGGGAGGCAAGGACGCUAACGCGGACAAAAAGGAGGUUCUCAUGGCGCAGAACACGGGACUCAAGCGCACCUUCACCACGAUCGUCAACGGCAGCAGCGGCGCUGCUAGUGCAGCAUCGCCCGUGUCAAGCGCAGGCGACUUGGCCGGAUUGGAUCUCAGCGGUCCGUCUGCUGCACCACCGCCAAACCUUGCCAGCGCUGCACACCUCACCCCCGAAUGGGAGGUUGGAUACAACCGGUGUUACUUUGCAGACGAGGGUGUGCUGUUCGAAGAUGCCCAGAUCCAGGUCGGUUUGCGGUCUGAGUUUCGUGGCCACAUGGGUGUGGUGAAGAUCUACCUGACCAACAAGUCGUCUUACCCAAUCGGAUCCCUGACAACGACACUGGACAACCCGUCAUCACCACAAUUGAAGAUCGACUCAAAGAACCUUCCCGAACCACACGUCCCCGCCGCCGGCCAAACACAGCAGACCUUCUUCUUCGAAGCCCACGGCGCCUUCGCAGCCGCCCCAACAAUCCGUAUCUCGUACUUGGCCGGUGCCCUGCAAGCAUACACCCUGCAGCUCCCGAUCCAGAUGCACAAGUAUAUGGAGCCCUCGACCUUGUCCGCUGAAGAAUUCUUCAAGCGCUGGAGACAGAUUGGCGGAGGACCGCUGGAGUCGCAGCACACGUUUGGAGUCACGGCGAAGGGCAAGAGCAUCACGGAGACGUUUACGAGGAGACUCGUGGAAGGCUUCAGGUGGCGGAUUCUGGAUGGCGUGGAUCCGAAUCCAAGGAACAUUGUCGGCUGUGGGGUUUAUCAGUUUGCGGGUGGGAAGACUGGGUGUCUGUUACGGUUGGAGCCGAACUAUGAGCGGAAGAUGUACCGGAUUACCAUCCGCGCGACGCAAGAAGGCGUACCGCAAUCGCUGGUCAAGCAGAUGGAGCUGAAGCUGUCGCAGGGCACUAAGGACGGUGCAUAG